AGCCGGUUUUGGGUACAGAUCCGGGGGAUUCGCGCGGACAGCUCCGAGCUGUGGAGGCUGGGCUCAUGGAUGAGUUUAUGGACGCGACCGUCCAGAUCAGCGCCUACGGGCUCACCGCAGGCUGCACGCUGUGCCUGGACAAUGUGCCCAACCAGCUGGCAGUCCUCGGGCAUUUCCGGGCCAUGCUGGAGAUGUGUCAGAACCAGAUCGAAGGCGACCCGGAGCAGGAGGAUUCCUGGCACGAGGUGGACACCCAGCUGCGCCUCGUGAAGCUCAUGAUCAAGGUGGCCCAAGGCCGGCGCAAGGCGACGAAGGUGGAGGUGCUACCCUGCAUCUUGUCCACCUCCUUCAAGCAUGGCUCCGAGGUGUCCUCUGACGUGGCCUCUCCUGUCUCUCGCAGCCAAAACCGAGGUCGUCGGCUGCCAAAGAUAGAGCCGGACGGACCCGUUCAAGAGGAGACAAAGACUCCGAGCUCUGGCCCAUCAGCGCCACGGACGACGAUCAGGCUAUCCACACCACGCAAGACGCUACUUCUUCUGGCGCCCGACGAGCAAACGGCGCGCCCACCGAUGUCCUCGACGCCGAGACGAUCUCGGAGUUGCCCUGGACAGCGGCCAAGGAGGAGCAUGCGGGCGGCGAGAUGAAGCCGGAGCCCCCCAGAUCUAUGAGCAAGGGGCGGAUGGGCCGUUACAUGCCCUCCUUCCUGCUCAAGAUGCGGGGGAUCACGAAAGAGGAAAGCGAGGCGUCUCUUCCUUCUUAGGUGUGCGCGGUCACCGGCCACUGCUGAAGGCGGAGGCAAUUCGGCACUCAUGGGCGUGCAAGUGAGGGCUGUUGGGGCCUUUUUCUGGACAAGCCUGGGAGAGUAAGUCAAGGAGAGUUCCCUCUCCUCCCGUUGGGGCCUUUUUCUGGACAAGCCGGGAAUAGUAAGAAGGAUGCGCCCCCAAGGCUUGACCAAUUCCUUCCUCCGAAUCUUGCGUGACCCGACCCACCCCAAGGACAGUAUCGGGUCCUCGGGGGGCUCGGAGCAAUCCCGCCCAUCUUGCACAGAGCGUGCCGGGUGACUGAAAAGGCAAAACGCUGC